ACGUACUGCUUUUCAUUUCCAAAGCGUUUAGUUUGUAUCAACUGUCGCAAAAAGUUUCUCGGACGCGUUUGUUGCGUCGCAGCGCAGGACGCGUCAAAUGUGACAGUUGGACGCUUCCCGUCCGCUGCCAGUGUGUGUGUGUGUUUAUGUUUUUGUCUUUAAUAAUUACAAAUCACAAUCUGAGGGGAGCGUCAGUUGGCAUGGGCGUCAAACAGAGCAGUCCCGCGGCCAACGGGCGCACGCGGGCGUACUCGGGCUCGGAUUUGCCGUCGGGCACGGCGUCGAGUAACAGCAACGGCCGAACGGCGGCGGUGGCGAUGAGAUAUCACGGGCACGGCGCGUCAGGUGCGACAUCAUCAUCAUCAUCAUCAUCUGCGGCGGUGGCCGCUCAUUAUAUCGGUCACAGGACGCGAUCUGUAGGGGCUGUUGGUGGUACCGGCCCGGGCGUCAGACCGCAGUCGGGCAUUAAUAUACCGAACUCUGCAGCGUAUAGUUCUCAGGAGUCCGGUAACAGCACACCGGAGGAGAACGCCGCAGACAGAGAGCGGUCAGCCGGGACUCCGAGACUGUUGAUCGGAUCUCUACCUGCUCACCUGUCGCCUCAUCUCUUUGGAGGUUUCAAGUGCCCCGUCUGCUCAAAGUUCAUCUCUUCAGAUGAAAUGGACCUUCAUCUCGUCAUGUGCUUGACUAAACCUCGAGUGACCUACAACGAGGACGUCCUGGUGAAGGACGCAGGAGAAUGUGCAAUAUGUCUGGAGGAGCUGGUGCAGGGAGAUACCAUCGCACGCCUGCCCUGCCUCUGCAUCUAUCACAAAGGCUGUAUUGACGAGUGGUUUGAAGUGAACAGAUCGUGUCCAGAACAUCCUUCAGAUUAAACACACCUCUGUCACCUAUGCACAGGUUUUUAUCCUCCUGGUCGUGAGAAGCGAUGUAUGCUACUAGCGGACAGCAAUGUGAACUGUCUUCCUCAUCUGGACACUGUGACUUCGGCUUGUUCAGGCUGAGCGGGACUGGCCUGAUCACUCAAACCACACCCACUUUACCCGUAGCCCCGCCCCCUUGCCAGUCUCCAUAUAUAAACCCCAACGUGCCAAAACUCAUUCAAGCAAUCUUCAGGGAAACUCUGUGCUGUUGACUCUCUUCCCACAUCUUGAUAAUACGAAAACUCAAGAUCUCAGAUAAUAGAUUUGCUCCUCUGUUGCACAAUGUUUCAACCAAGAUGUUCGGAUUACUCUGCUAAAAAAUGUCUAAUCAGAUUUUUGUCUUGUGUUCCAGUAAAACAUCCUUAAAACUCGAUGCAUUUCCUUGAGACGCAAAAUGGUGUACGAUAACUUUUUUACUGCAAGAUAAGACAAAAAUACUGGGUACGAAAAAAAACAUGUUUGUAUUGUGUAAUGUAGCCACACCCAGAGACACUCGUCUGUUCAUUUCAUUGGCUGGACUCAGGGUCAGCUGACCGUCUCAUUUAAUUCACGGAUUAUCGGGGUCGAUUGUACUCUCAAGACUUUCUGCGGGACUGUAUCUACCAGUGCCUUCAUUUUCAAAUCCUAAGAGCGGAGGUGGCUACGUUUUGUUCGCCCCCUAGUGGACGGGCGCGAUGGAAUCAAGAAAAGACAAAGUUAUGAUUUCAUUAGCCAUUUCGCUCGUGCCUGGAUAUGACGGGCCAUUCCGGUGAUUUCUGAUUCGGGGUGGCCCUGAGCCAUACUGAGAUUUGAAGUGCCCUGCACCCAUGUGACGCCCUCUUUCGCUCGCAUCUGUUUCUAUGGAGUCGAGGCGGUCGUUGUUUCGCUCACUUCACAACUGUCCCGUGCAUCUGGAGUCUCGUAGUAAUAUAUAUAUGUAUGUCAGGGGCGUCAGAGUUCAGAUGCACCGUAGCACAUCUCACAGGUCUCAUCGUGAUCAUUUAUGCAAUUCAUAUUUAUCAUAUAAAAAUAUUUAACCACAUCAGUUGUUUGUAUGUCAAACAGAUCUGGGCCUUAAAGGGACAGUUCACCCAAAAAUGUGAAUUCCCUCAUCAUUUACUCACCCUCAUGCCAUCCCAAUAUCAAUAUUUAAUAAUAUUGGGAUGGUAUAUUUCAAAUCAAUGUUUAAAUCCUUUUUUUAUAUAUAUAAAUCUCCACUUUCACUUUUACUUUCAGAAUGUCAAAGUGGAUAUUUAUAGUAAAAACGGACUUCAAUUUUGAUCAGUUUCUCUCCCACACCUAUCAUAGCUCUUCUGAAGGCAUGGAUUAAACCACCGGAUUACUUUGAAGCUCCAAAAAGAAUAUAAAUGCAGCAUAAAAGUUCUGGUCACCAUUCACUUGCAUUGCAUGGACCAACUGAGCUGAAAUAUUCUUUUAAAAAUCUGUGCGUCCUGCAGAAGAAAGUAAGUCAAACACAUCUGGGGUGGCAUGAGGCUGAGUAAAUGAUGACAGAAUUUUCAUUUUUGGGUGAACUGUCCUUUUAAUUCAAUACAGAUAUUACAAUAAGCCUCAAAAAGUCCAGGUGCGUUAUAGUAAUGAUAAUUUGGUUGUAAUAUUAAGUUGUCAUUAAAAUAUUGCACAAUGCAAAAAUAUGAUUUCCUUAUUUAAUUUUAUUUCCUAUUUGAUUUUGGGGUGAAAUAUAACCUGGAUUUGUUCACACCAUUAUGAGAAUAUUCAGUGUAUUUGUAUUGUCUGCGUUGGUCUUUCAAAGGAAUGUUCCGGGUGCCAGAAUGUUGAUUACGGCAAAAAUGAUGUUUAUGGUGAGACGCUUCCAAUGCAAGUCAAUGGGGGUUUAAUCUGUAAACAUUCAAAUACUCACUUGUUUGAAAAGUAUAGACACGAGACGUAAACAACACAUGUGUAAACAUGAUUUUAGAGCGCUAAUAUCACGUGCUAACCGCAUCUGUGGAAAUUUCUAGCCGAUUUUACAACUUAAGCGCCAUUAAAAUGCAACGGCAGUGAGUUCAUCCCAGUAAAAUCAUGUAUACAUUUGAAACAGUAUUUGUCAUGUUUACAGAUUGGCCCAAUUGACUUCCAUUGUAAGUGAUUUAUUUAUAUAUAUUUUUUUUUUUUUGUGGUAGUCAGCUUUAUGCCACAAAUGCUGAACUUUAUUCCUUUAUUUAGUGGCCAGACAUUGAAUAAAAGCUGCAACAUUUGUAUUUUUGUCCCCGGGAGAGUUGUGGGCAUUUCCCAGUACCCUUCCUCAUACACGUGCUGCCAACUGGGUUUGAAAGUCACUAAUCUGUGAUUGUACGAGGGACUUUGUUAUUCUGUUUGUAGCAGUGUGUAGAGUUCGGCCUUAUGUGUUUAUACGUCAACUAACCGCGGCCCGUUGAUGUUGAAUAAAGUGUGACUCCCCAAAGACCCUUCUGUGGUAAAUCAAAGGCGCCAUAAGAGCUUUAAAGUGCUGCUAAUUCUGUAUGUUGAGGGCGAUGAGUCCUUGUUUAGGCCAUCUUUAGGACAUUGAAAGAGGAUGUUGAUUUUCGUUAGCAUAUAGCAAACGCAGCAAUAUCAUCGUAUAUAUGUUGUGUGGAAACUCAGAUGUAACUUAAGUAAAUAAUACAUUUAAAUGUCACAUUUUUUGAUGAUGUAAAUGUUUGAUAUUUUGCUGCUUUGUACGUAAGUCUGUUCCCGGAACAUUUGAGCCUCGAUGAAUCCGAUUGGAUCAGUUGUCAAUCAAUCAAAGCUUUCCGUGUAGAAGUCAAAGUGUGUCUUUUAUGCGCUAUUUAACUGUCACCAGGUAACUUGGUGCUUGAUCUAGUUUCAGGCUUUUGUUUGUUUGUUUGUUUGUUUUUCAUUUUAGGUGGACAUGAAACCUGCAAUUGUACACAAGUUAACUUUAAUUCCUGUGAGGAGCAGAAGUCGGGACAUUAAACACAACAUGUGAAGUCUAACAGUGCCCGUGCAGAGGAUCAUCACUUUUGUAAUGAUUUUGAUUCAUUGUAACAUUCCAAAUAUGAAACAAAAAAUGUACAGAGAUGAAAAUAAACAAAGCAAAAUCUUUUUAAGCACAGAUCAUUUAAUACUUGUUGAAUGUGUGUGUGUGUGUAAGUGCGUACGCGUGUGAGAGAGUGUGUGUGUGAGCAAGUGAGAGUGUAUUUGUGUGUGUGUGCGUGUGUGUGAGCAAGUGAGGGAGAAUGUAUCUGUGUGUGUGUGUGUGUGUUUGUGUGUGUGAGCAAGUGAGACAGACUGUAUUUGUGCGUGUGUGUGUGUGUUUGUGUGUGUGAGCAAGUGAGACAGACUGUAUUUGUGCGUGUGUGUGCGCGUGAGUGUGUGAGAGAGAGCGAGUGUAUUUGUGUGUGUGUGUGUGUGAGAGAGAGAGUGUGUGUGUGUGUGAGAGAGAGAGAGAAAGUGUGUUUUUUUGUGUGUGUGUGUGUGUGAGAGAGGGAGAGCGUGUUUGUGUGAGUGAGUGAGUGUGUGUGCGUUUUACGGCUGGGCGAUAUUCAUGAUAUAUUCACAAUAAUUUGUAUGCAUUUUUUAUUUAGCCAGUAUUGUUUCCUAAAGAUCGUGUCAGUCGCAACCUUUCGACAUUUAUCAUGUGCAGGAUUUUAAUUAUCAUCUGCCGAUAUUUGUAAUUGUGCUUGUGAAAAUGCAUUUAUAAAAAAUUACAGCUUUUACUAGAUUAAAUUCUAGUUAAGUUAC